UGAGGAUCUGGAAUACAUUUACAAUCAACUGAGAACGAUAAAAGUGAGGGGCAUGGCUGGGCUCCUGGACAAGCUUCAGAGCAGCUACUUCCCAGCUUUUCAAGCCAUGUUCAGAGAUGUCGUUGCAGCUCUGGCAGAGGCGCAGGACAUCCACAUGCACCUGAGGCCACUCCACCACCACCUGGAAGCCCUCGAGAGCAUGGAGUUUCCCGAGGUGAAGCCACGGCUUCAGCCUCUCCUCCACGUGGUCUGUCUCAUUUGGGCCACGUGCAAGUCCUACCACUCCCCAGGGAGGCUCAUGGUGCUGCUCCAGCAGACCUGCAACCUUCUCAUCCAGCAGGCCUCUAAUUAUCUCAGCCCAGAAGACCUCUUGAGAAGUGAGGUGGAAGAAAGUCAGAGGAAACUGCAGGUCGUUGUGGACACCUUGAACUUCUUCAAGCAGGUGUUUCAGGACCGAAGGGAGAAUCUCCAUACUUACUUUAAAGAGAACCAGGAAGUGAGGGAGUGGGAUUUCCCAUCUGCUUUGGUCUUUGUGCAUGUGGACGGCUUCCUGGGACAACUGCUCAUGGUGCAGGAUCUUCUGAACACAACCUUGGACUUCCACAAACUGGGAAAGCUUGAAUUUAGUGGCAUCAGAGGGAAAGCCCUGAGUCAGCAGAUUCAGCAAAUGUACGAGGAAUUUCAAGAGAUGUACAGGGUCUUCUCAGAAUCUUCUUAUGACUGCUUGGACCCCCAAAGCACGGAAUUUGAAAAUGAUGUGUCUGAAUUUAACCAGAGAGUAGAAGAUCUCGACCGAAGACUGGGGACUAUCUUUAUUCAGGCCUUCGAUGACGCGCCCAGUUUGGAGCAUGCCUUUAAGCUCAUAGACAUAGCAGGAAAGCUCCUUGAAAGAACACCAGUAGCACAGGAUGUAGCUGAUAAAUACCUGGUGCUCAUCCAAAUGUUCAACAAAGACCUGGAUGCAGUGAGAAUAAUCUACAGUCAGCAUGUCCAGGAGGAGGCAGAAUGUGGGUUCUCCUCAGUGCACAAGAACAUGCCCACUGUGGCCGGGGGUCUCCGCUGGGUGCAGGAACUGAGACAACGCAUCCAGGGACCCUUCACCAACUUUGGAUGCAUCACACAUCCUUGCAUGGAAUCAGCUGAAGGAAAGUGCAUGAUACAAAAAUAUGAAGCGAUGCUCUCCUUGCUGGAAAAGUAAGCACUUCUGGGAUUGUCUUGUUCUGCAAAUUGCACAGGCCCUGUGAUGCCUUUUGCAGUCCCAAGUUGGUUCAGAUCCUCAUUGGCUGUGAAAUGUCACCUGUGUUUUAAGUUAUAAACCCAAUAUCUGUGAGUACAGUGCUUCUGGCUUGCAGACACAGGGCCUCUGGGGAAUGCAGCUCUAU